AUGGCACGGGAACCCUGGAACAAGAUAAACAUUGCCUUUCCCGGUGCCGUUUCUAGUGUCCGCAUACAUUUCAGCUCGACUACAGAUGCACGUGUUAAAGCCCUGUUGGUGGAAAAUGAGAAGGUGCUUAAACUUAUUCGGAGUGAGAUUCUUCAAACGGAGAUACGAGUUCUCUACGAGCUGCUGUACAUCCUGAAUAACAGCUUCAGGGGCAACAAGACGUUCAAAGGCUUAAAGCAGGUUGAACAAUGCAUCCACAGACUGAAGAGCAUGAAACUUGAUGAACCUCUUCGGGAGCUGACUGAGCUGUGUCCCAAUAGGAUUCAAAGGGGACUGAGCAUCAAGGCCGGAGAGUGUGAUGUCCCCAGUCAGCCCAUGCUGGAGUGGCUCUGCCUCAAAGUGCUGGGAGCCACCAAGCUGAUGAGCUGCAUGAUGAAUCGCUGCAGCAGAACUUUCAUACUCGCAAGGCAGCAGAUGAAAUGGGAGGAGUUUGUCAUUUUGAAUAUGGUGCUAACCAGCAUGCUCAGUCGUCUCUGGGUGAUUGCCCGUGGUAUCCUGGUCAGCCUGUCCACUCUGUAUCAGCAGCUCCUGGAGCUCCUCAGAGAAGUAGCCAACGCCAAGCCCAUGCCCUUUCUCACAGACUUCUCACUGCCAGAAGAUAUAGCUCACUUCCUGGGUCCUUCUGAUGCAUCUGUACUGACCAAAAAGCCAACACAUAUCAAAGAACACAAGGAGAAGCAGCAGCAACGGAGGGGGAGGAAACUUAUUAAAGUCAAGAGCCAGACACAGACAAGGAAGGUUAAAGAAGAUCUGGGUGUUGCUGUUGAAAGAGGUAUAAGUCUUGACACUGACAUGAAGCCUUUUCUUAAGGUAUUCAAGGAUUUCACUGAGGGGAAAUCCAUCCUACAGAAAACACACAAGCUGGACAAGAAACAAAAUUUCAAGAAACAAGUGAGAGCGGCAACUACUUUCAAAGACAUGGCGAGUCAUCUGGAAGAAAUGAUCCCGUGGUGUAAAUCCCAGAGGAUGGAAAGGGAAAAACGCCUUUUAAAGUUCCUGCAUUUAAAGUGCAGAAGGAUGAGAUGCCUGGAGGCUGCAGGUUACAACGUUCAGAGGAAGCUGCAGACGUUCAGACUGGAGGCUUGCUGGGCUUCAUCUCCUCACGGGUCGAUGCCAAGAGCCUGUCGCUCCUCUGCUGCAACAAGGAGACAUGCUGGCCUGAAAACUCGCUUGCAGUCACUCAGGCGUCGAUUUAAGCCCUCAGCAGUCAGAGGUGGUGUGAAAAAGAGACUGCUGAAGAGACAAAAGACAAAGACGGAGUUCUCAGUGUCUGGCGACCAAAGGAACAGGACUACACACGACGCAAAAUCUCAGACCAUCAGCGGCGACAGCCAUGAUGACAUCGAUGACAUAUUUGCCUCUAUAGGUUUGUGACACUUUGGAGUUCGACACACGGAGGAAACAAGGUACUGUAUCGAGCCGAGCUCAGUGUAUGGCAGAGUCCUCUGUUUGCAAACGAAAGAUAAAAUUUAAUGUGCAAUGAAAACUGAUGAUCGGACCUUAUAUGAUUGAUAUGCAGUUGCCAAACAACAGCAGUGUCUUUUAAAGCAGAAAGUAGAUAAAGGUGAGGAUUUGGCAUGUGACAAAGGAACCAGGCUGUAAUCGAGCUAAGGGCGAUGCGGUUUGGCUAUCAGGACGCUCAAAAUGGUGAAAUUUAACAGUGGGGUAACAUAUUUUGAGUUUCUUGACGCCUAAAUAGGGAAUUUCGAAUAGUUUUCAUAGCUGGAAUCUUCACUGCGGUUUCCUGAUUGACUUGUAAACAUGUUAUUGAAUGACAAACCAGGUUCAACUCUUGACUGAUGUAUUAGAGAAUAAUACAGAGCUGAAGGUGAGACAUUCCAGGUGAAAAAAGCAGUUUUUUCAUGCACUGGUCAGUUUUGAUUUUUGGGCUGUUAUGCUUCUAUGACAUGCCCUUUUACAGACUAGUAGUCAGUGGUUCUAAAACGUGAAAUUUCAGAAAACAUGGUAAUACAAAAAAUAUUUGUCGAAAUGUAAGUAAUCAGCUGGGUACGUUUAUGGGUGAUAUCUAUUAGUCAAAUUUUUACUCUAGUUCCUUUUUUGUCUAAAGAUGUAUAGGAUUUCACCAAACAUAUCUUUAAAGGUCAAUUUCUCAAAAUUAGUUUUUUUCUUAUAAUCUUAAGCCAAAGAUCUCAACUUAAGUACACUUACAUACAUAAAAGUCAAUGAGGGAGACUGUCAUUUUCAGUGGUGCUGAGUGCACAUAGCAUUCCAUUGACAUGACAUGUAAUGAAUUUAAAACAAUAGAACAAACAGCAAUAUAUAUUUAAAAAAUAAAUGAAUUGAUACAGUUAUUAUGAUAUUACUUGUGAUUACCCCCCCCCCCCGUGAAAACCUAUGUCCACAAAGUGAAAUGAGAAUAUUUUUAACUUGGCUUAAUCCAAUGUUCAGAUUUUUGUUAAGGCAAUGUGUUCGGAUCAGUGAAUAUUUAAUGAGACAAUGUCAGAUUUAAAACUUCAAAAAACUUCUUGGCUUGCUCCAUCUAAUCAGCAAGUUUCAUGGUGGUAUCUGAAUUUACUUGAUUCAGCCGGGAUGUCUCUCCUUAAACAUUUUAAACUACAAAACAUAAGAGCAGGCAAAUCAUAAAGAAUGUCUGUUCCUGGAAAAUUGCCCCUCGGCUCACAAGAAGCAUUUCUUUGGAAGCAUGUCUGCCUCUUCAAAGAACAACAAAAGUCAUGAAACAAUUUGCCUGCUCUUGACACUAUAAAAUUCCACCUACAAGAAAACUGAUUUUUUUCAUACUUGCUGUCAAGUGCAGAAAAAUGUAGAUUUUCUCCUGUGAUGUCACAUUUAUACAAUGAAUGUCAACGCUCAGCUUGAAUGAGUCUACAUUUAGGAUUCAUGCAGUACUCAUGGUAAUGAAACAACUCUAAAGAAAGAUUGUUUUUAGAAAUUUGAGUCUGACCUGAAUAAUUUCAACCAUUUCUGAGUGUUUCUGUUGACUGAGGAAUAGCUUCAUGACAAAAUGUAAUGAACUUGGAUUGUUCCUGCGCCCUCAAACCAUUGUGUUUCGGCACUGAACACCAAAUGAGGCUUUAGCCCCUGUCAGACAUUGACUCCUCUGUUGGCUACAGCAUGCUUUCAGUGAAAUAGUGUUAUCAGAGCUAUUUAGUGCUCAUGUUCAACCCUCUGAAGACAGUACUACAGUGUAAUAACAUACAAUUUCUUAUGUUCAAAGAAAUAAAAUUGCUUUAAUGAA